AUGAAGUCCAUCUCCCUUCUUUUAUUUAGUGGCGUUUUCACCAGCCUGGUCGCAGAGGGCAUCUCUAUCAGUACUCGGUGGAAAACGGACCUUCGGACGGAAUGGCUGUGUUGGUGCGGGCUCUUUGUCGCUCUCUCGGCUUUCCGACAUCAUAGCAGCAGAAGUAGUGGAGGGACUUCGAGCCAGAUUCAUGAUCAGCCAGAGAGCGCCAACACGACAGUAAGCUGGAAGCUAUGGAUUGCUGCCUUUUUCCUGUCUGUGUCGCGAAGUCUAGGAUUAUUUUUUGAGACAAACUGGUUGUUGGUCUGGUACCCCAUUCCGUUUAUCCGUAUUUAUAGUGUUGCUGCUUCUCAUGGAAACCAUUGCUGGACGCAAAAACAUGUUGCUGACUUUUAUGUCGUGAAGCCUUUCGUAUCCAGCCUGGUGUAUCUGUUCCUGUUGCAAAAGUCGACAGGACCUGAGUCCGUGCUCCCAAUCCCCGGGGCUGCCAGCGAACAACCCACAAAAUCUAGCUCGCCAUCAUGGUUCAAAGCUAUCGGGAUGACGGCAGUGGGGCUUUGCGCUUCUACGCUCCUCUCUUUCGCCUCCUCUGCGAAAAUGGCACCCUAUAUCGUUAGCAUUGGAUUUGUAGUUUCGCGGACAGCUAGUUUCGUUUUGCUUUCAAGCAAUGGAAAUUAUGGCAUUCGUUCGAAUGAUGAGCAGAGCGGAACGCUACGGACGAUUGUUCGUCUUGAGGCGUUAGCUUUCCGAGUCCUAAGUAUCACAACCAUUUUCAUGGUUGUGCUACCUCCUCGGAUAAAUCUUUCGCUUGCGGCCGCUGGACAGGCUUUGAUUCUGGCUUUGGAGACAGCUGUUGUGUUACUUCUGAUUUUAUUCGGAUGCACGGUCUCCUCCUCGACUUUGGAGGCUUUUUCCACAACAAGCGUACAAAGCCUCAUCGGUACUUCGCCUCAGAGUUUAACUGCAGCAACAGUCUCCCUGGUUUCUGUCGUGCAGUGUCUUUUAGGCUUGCCUGCAUAUUUCCGAUCCCAAGGUCAGCUAAUUGUCCUCCUUCUACUCCUUCCUAGCAUCAUUGGUAUAAUUCGUAGUAUCCAUCAUUUUCCGCGACCCGUCGUGAAAAACGUUCCCAACCCACCGCAGGCCGGAACGUCCGGUAUGCACCCUAUUGAAAGACUAGCUUUUGAAGCGGAGGCUGCUUUCAAAAAGACGCUUUCGCGGCAGUCGGAAACUCUAGAGGAUGCCAUAACAGAAUACAUCCGCAGAUACCACCGAGCACCUCCACCCCAUUUCGAUAAAUGGUUUGAAGCUGCUCGCCGACAGAACUUUGUUCUGAUUGAUGAAUUCGAUAUCAUUAUGAGAGGACUUGAGCCAUUUUGGGGUGUAUCUCCAUCAGACCUUCGCGGUAGAGUAAAGUCCGCUUUUGCAGCCGGCGACAGGUCUUUGAUACGUUUUGAGGUCAAAGGCCAUCGAGCCUCGUAUUCUAUGGCUGAGGCUGCUCAAUGGGUGGGAUCCCAAGUACGGAGCUGGUUCACCGCAGAAAUGCUAGACACUUUGUCCGAUUUUGUUUUCGCGGUCAACUGCUUUGAUGAGCCAAAAAUGGUCGUCCCUCAUGACAUUUUGGACAAGGCAAUCGAGCGCGCACGGAACAAUUCCGUAGUUCAACCCAGCGAAAAUGAAAAGCUUGGUCAAUCCGUCAAUUUUCUUAAGUUGGGGAGCCAAAAUCCGUGGGAUGUCCUGGUUUUGUCAUGCCCAGUAGAGUCUCCAGCGCGACAGUUCUCCAAGCCCCCAUCAUCGUACACCAUGUCGGAGCUCGGCUUCCUUUCGAAUGUCAGCAUGAGCAAAGAUGUAUGCUUUGCUCCUGAGCUCCGAGACCUACAUGCGUUUCUUAGACAUCCCGAAACGCUUAAUUUGGCCCAUUCGCUCUUCCCAAUUUUCUCAACCGCAAAACCAUCAUCUUUUCAGGAUGUUCUCUACCCAGCUCCGUGGUAUGAUGCUAAGGUCGACAUGCAUGAGUACAAGGAGCAAGAGGAUAUGGACUGGGAGGAGAAAGAAGACACGCUAUACUGGGUAGGUUCCACCACAGGCGGACGUACAACGAUGGAGAACUGGAAAUUCUUCCAGCGACAGAGACUUGGCUUGAUGGUAAAGGAUAAAGAUCGAACCAUCCAGUUCAUGAAGAAAGUGAAAGCGCCAGUGGGCGGUGAAGCUGCCGAGGCCCCUUACACAUGGCAGGCGUACAAUUCAACGAUAUCUGAAAUCUCUUCAUCCCUCAAAGUGCGGAUCUCGAGCGUGAUCCAGUGCGAUGAUGACGCAUGUAAGGACCAAGAAGCGGCUUUUAACACAUCGUCCAAUCGAGACAGCCUCGGAGCGGGCUACCUCUCACGAUACAACCUAGAUAUCGACGGCAAUGGCCUAAGCGGACGAUAUUACCGCCUUCUUCGCUCAAAAUCCGCCGUGCUCAAGCAAACCAUUCUCCAGGAAUGGCAUGACGACCGCCUGGCUCCUUGGGUUCACUACAUCCCCGUGAAUAUGAAUCUGACGGAUCUCCCGGAGAUGGUCCGAUAUCUGGUCCAUGAGCCGGAGGGCAAAGAGCUGGGAAAGAAAGUUGCCAGCAACAGCCGGGAAUGGAUGGGAAAAGCCUUUCGAAAGGAAGACUUUAAGCUGACGUUCUGGAGACUCCUUUUGGAGUAUGGACGAAUCAUGCAUGACGAUCGGAACGAUAUGAAAUGUUGCUAG